CUGCAAUCCUGGUUGCUUUGGAAAGGUAACUGGUUUAUCCAAGAGAAGAGCUGCAAGAUACUUUCUUUAAUAAUAACUGGAAGGCCAAGAUCUCAUGAUGGUUCCCAUGCCAAUGGGGCAUCAAAGAUAAAGAAGGAUAUCACGACGAUUGAUGACGUUUUAAAGGCGCUGGUUGACUGGCUGUGCUCACAGCUAAAGAACCCAUCUCAUCCUAGCCGUGGUAUUCCCACUGCUGUUAAUUGCCUUGCCACUUUACUGAAGGAACCUGUGCUCUUGUAUGAAACAUGCCUUUGUGUGUGGCUCCUCUCAUACUAUGAGCCUGCAGUUGAGUAUUUGGCCACUUCUAGAUCCUUGCCGAGGUUGAUAGAAGUUGUAAAGGGAUCCACAAAGGAAAAGGUUGUCAGGGUAGUUAUUUUAACUCUCAAGAAUUUGCUGCACAAAGGGACAUUUGGUGCCCAGAUGGUAGACCUGGGACUGCCGCAGCUUGUUCAGAAUCUAAAAGCUCAGGCAUGGAGUGAUGAGGAUCUGCUAGAAGCUCUGAAUCAAUUGGAAGAAGGAUUGAAAGACAACAUUAAGCAGCUAAGUUCUUUUGACAAGUACAAGCAGGAAGUCCUCCUUGGACAUCUUGAUUGGUCGCCUAUGCAUAAAGAUCCAAUAUUCUGGCGAUACAACAUCGCUAAUUUCGAGGAGCAUGACUUUCAGAUCCUUAGGGUCCUCAUCACAAUUUUGGACACGUCCACCGACCCACGGACACUUGCUGUUGCCUGCUAUGACCUCUCACAAUUCAUUCACAUAGGGCUUUUCUUUCUUCACUCCCCCACCACUGUUCACUUCACGCCCGCCCGUUUUCCUUCAUCCAGCUCGCGCCGACGAGAGUUACCCGCACUAAAUAUUGAAAUGGCUUUUACUAGAGGCAUGAACCGACCCAUUGAAAUUAUAUACAAAAGAUUGAGCAGUCCUGUGAAGUGUGGCCAUGCUUAUUCUACUUAUACAACGAGCAAGGGAGUCUCCUCCUCAGUGUCUAGGUUUUCGGAAAUUAAUGCUUCUGGUUUCUUAAACUAUUCUCGUUCAAUCAAUAAUUCCGGGAUUUGCUUCAUUCGGACAUACUCUUCUCAAAUCUCUGCAUCCGAACAAAUGAAUCUCAUUAAACAGCUGAGGGAGAGGACAAGUGCGCCAAUCAAGGAAGUCAAGUCUGCUCUUGUUGCUUGCCACUGGGAUAUUGAGGCUGCACAGAAGGAGUUGAGAAAAAAAGGAGUUGUUCUUGCAUCAAAGAAGUCUUCUCGAACUGCGGCCGAGGGAUUGGUUGCAGUGGCUCAGGAUGAAGAGAAGGCUGUGGUAAUUGAACUCAACUGCGAAACGGACUUUGUUGCCAGAAAUGACAUUUUCCAAUAUUUGGCCUUAUCUCUGGCAAAGACUGCUUUGCAGCUUGAACGUUCUGCGGCUGCUGUCUAUGCUCAAAUAAAUACUUCAGUUGCUCCCGAGUACCUGUGGGAUAACAAUGGAGAUGUUCUUUUGGCCUCCUUACGGUUAAUUUUGACAGUUCCCUUUACAUUUUUUACUUUUCAGGAUUUGAAGGUAAAUUUCGACCAUCCUAAGCUAACUGGAGAGAGAACUGUACAGAAUGCAAUUGUAGAGGUUGCUGCAAUGAUGGGAGAGAAUGUCAAACUUAGAAGUGUGAUCACACUACCCGCGCCUUCACAUGGUGUUUUGUCUACAUAUCUCCAUACUAGUCCCCAACCAGGUAUAGGACGUAUUGCUGGACUUUUAUCACUUGAGGUGGAGGAUAAGAAUGUUUCCCUGGAUGCAGUCCAGCGUGUUGGAUCAGAAAUUGCUAUGCACUUAGUAGCUGCCAAACCAUUGUUCCUAAGCAAGGAAGAUGUUAAUUCUUAUUAUUUAGAAAAUGAACGUGAUAUUAUCCGAUCUCAGGCAGAGCGUACAGGGAAGUCUCAGAUGGCCAUAGAUAAGAUGGUUGAAGGUCGUCUAAGAAAGUAUUUCGAGGAAGUUGUUCUUCUGGAGCAAAAGUUUAUCGUAGAUGACACAAUUAACAUUAAGACACUGUUGAAUAAGUUGUCCAAGGAAGUUGGAUCCACCGUGAAAAUCGGUAACUUUCUCAGAGUAGAAGUUGGAGAAGGCCAUAGGAUUGAAGCAGCUAGUGGAACAGAGCCUGUAUCUCAGGUUGCGUAAGGACUCCAGCAACUCUUUACCUGACAAGAUCAGUAUUUUAUUGGACUUUUGAGACUACAAACUUUGUGAAUGUUUUGUUAUAAAACUUUACCAUGUUGCAAAUUGCUCCGGGUCAUAAUCAGAACUAGAAUAAUUGGUUUUGUUGCAUCUAUAUAGCCGCGAAGUUCCCGCAUAAAUUAGUUCAAGAUAACUAAA